AUGGGAGGGCUGCCUGAGGACUGGAGGAAAACCAGUGUCACUCCAGUCUUGAAAAAGUGCAAGAAGGAGGACCUAGGAAACUACAGGGGGCGCGCGGCCGCCUCAGCUGCGCUCAGAGCCCGCCCCGCUGGGCCCGGCGGCUCCGGGGGUUCCGAUCGCUCUCCUCAGGCGGGGAUGGCGGCGGAGGACGAGGCGGAGCUGAGCCUGCUGGAGUGCCGGGUGUGCUUCGAGCCGUACGGCCCCGACGGGCGGCGGCGGCCGCUGAACCUGCCCUGCGGGCACGUCCUCUGCCGGGGCUGCGUGGGGGCCCUGGCCGGCGCCGAGCGCCAGAGGCUGGAGUGUCCCUUCUGCCGGCGGCUCUGCGGCCCCGCCGAGACCAGCGACUGCCGCCCGCUGCUGCAGCUGCUGGAGCUCCUGGGCCCCGCCGGCGGCCUCGCCUCGGCCCUGGGCAGGAGCGGCGGAGGGGCGGCGGCGGCCCCCGCGGGGCUCGGGCUGCGGCUGUGCCUGGGGGGCUGGGGGUCGCUGGUGAACCCCACCGGCGUGGCGGCCUGCCCCGGGUCUGGCCGCCUGGCAGUGGCACACGACGGCAAGAAGAGGAUCCACGUCUUCGGGCCGAGCGGGUUCUGCCUGGGGCGGUUCGGGGAGCGGGGGCCCGCGAGCAAUGACAUCAAGUAUCCGCUCGAUGUGACGGUCACGUCGGACGGGCACGUGGUGGUCACGGACGGCGGGGACUGCUCCGUGAAGGCCUUCGAUUUUGAGGGAAGGGGGGUCCUGGCUGUCCGGGAAGGCUUCUGUUUGCCCUGGGGCUUGGAUGCCACCCCCAAGAGCGAAGUAAUCCUGACCGACUCGGAGGCAGGCGCGCUGUACCGCUUGGCGGCCGACUUCCGAACGGGGGAGUUAAAGAAGUGUCAGAUGAUCCGGGCCCAGCUGGUCAGCCCCAGAGCGGUUGCGGUCUGCCGGACCUCGGGCGCUGUCGUGGUAAUAGAGCACCUGAAAGCUCGAGGGCCGAGCAAGGGCAGCACCCGCGUGAAGAUAUUCAGUGCGGAGAUGGAUCUCAUCGGCCAGAUGGACAGCUUCGGUCUGAACCUCGUUUUCCCCGCCAGAAUAUAUGCUACCGCGGCGGCCUUUGACAAAGAAGGUCGUGUUACAGUGACGGAUGUUUGUAGCCAGGCUGUCAUUUGCUUAGGGAAACCUGAGGAAUUUCCCAUCUUUAAUCCUCUAAUUAGCCACGGGCUUUCUUAUCCUGUCGGGCUGACUUACACGGCAAACAAUUCUCUCGUUGUUUUAGACAGCGGUGAUCAUUCAGUGAAAGUGUAUAGCUCUACCUGA